AUGCAGAUGGACGUGGAGGAGAUGUACUGCCGCUUCCGCAGUGCCAUCGAAAACGUCAAUGUCAUCAUCGCGACCUACAGCGACGCAUCCAUGGGGAGCUUGCAGAUGGACCCAGGUCAAGGGAAUGUGGCUUUCGGCAGUGGCCUCCACGGCUGGGGCUUCAGCACUGAACGCUUCGCCAAAAUCUACGCUCAGAAGAUGGGAGUAGACAGGGUCAAGAUGAUGCAGAGGCUUUGGGGAGAUUGGUUCUACUAUCCCAAGAGGAAGGUCUGGACGACCUCCCAGCCAGAAGAUUGUAAAGAACCGCUCCAGAGAGCUUUCUGCCAGUACAUCAUGGGUCCCAUCAACCAGUUGAUCCGCGCCAUCAUGGACCAGGACACUGACAAGUACGAGAAGAUGAUGGAGUCUCAGGGCAUCGUGCUCAAAGGAGAAGAGCGAGAGCUCAAAGGAAAGCCGCUGAUGAAGCACGUGAUGCAGACAUGGAUCAACGCGGCAGACUCACUCCUGAACAUGAUCGUCACGCAGCUGCCCUCUCCAAAGGUGGCACAGCGCUACCGAGUGGAGAACCUCUAUGAAGGCCCCAUGGACGACGCGGCUGCCACUGGCAUUCGAACCUGCGACCCAUCGGGACCACUGAUGUUGUAUGUGUCCAAGAUGGUACCCGCUGCUGAUAAGAGCCGCUUUUAUGCGUUCGGCCGUGUCUUCUCCGGGACUGUGGCCUCGGGACAGAAGGUGCGAAUCCAGGGUGCCCACUACAAGCCUGGAUCCAAGGACGACCUGCAUGUCAAGAACAUCCAGCGCACUGUGCUGAUGAUGGGCCGAACCAUCGAAAAGAUCCAAGAUGUUCCUUGCGGCAACACAGUGGCGCUGGUUGGCGUGGACCAGUACAUCGUAAAGUCCGGCACGAUCACAACUUUGGAGGACGCUCACAACUUUGCAGACAUGAAAUACAGCGUGUCUCCGGUGGUGAAGGUGGCGGUAAAGGCCAAGGAUGCCAAAGAUUUGCCAAAGCUCGUCGACGGGUUGAAAAAGCUGUCCCAAUCCGAUCAGCUCGUGGUCUGCUCCGUAGAGGAGAGCGGCGAACAUGUCAUCGCCGGCUGUGGUGAGCUGCAUGUGGAGAUUUGCCUCAAAGAUCUCAGGGAGGAGUUUGCGCAGUGCGAUUUCACUGUCUCGGACCCCGUGGUGUCUUAUCGAGAGACCGUCUCGGCGCCCUCGAAGCAGGCUUCUGACGAGGAGUUCUUCAAAGAGUUCAGUUCUGAUAGCCUCAAGACAAUGCGCCGCAUCCAUAACCUUCGCAGCCAUUCCCAAAUUAAGCACACAAGCAUUCAACCCUCCAGCUGA